CAGCAAACAGGAAUCAGUUGUUCGAUAAUAUUUAAAAAUGCUGGGUAUUAAAAUUUUAUUCUGCUUGAUUGCUAUACCUCUAUCUCAGGCAACGCAAUGCAGCAAAACUUGCCCCAAUAUAACUGUGAAGCCAGUCGAUUUUGAGAAAAUGUCUGGGCCAUGGUACGAAUACCAACGUAGUAGUAAUAAUUAUGAUGGUUCAGAUAAAUGUCCUAAAUUAGUAUGGAGUAAACCUGUAAAAUGUAUUUCAAAACUUGUCUACAAGAGUGUUUCAAAUUUAACCAACGUAACUUCAACAAUGAUUUCCCAAGUCGUCUCAAAUAAACAAGGAACAGGUUUCACUUACCACUUGCCGAUUUACGGAAAUUUAUUUAAAGAACAUUUGAUUAUUGCAACAGAUUAUAAAAGUUAUGCGGUAGUAUAUACCUGCGAAAAGCGUGGAUCGAAUAUUGUUGAAUUAGGAUGGGUAUUUACACGGAAAAUGUCACCACCGUGUGAUAUUGAAGAUAUAGUUCAAGAAGCAUUCGAUAACUACAAUCUCAAAGUACCGGAAAUGGUUACAAAUGAUCUGGAAUCAUGUUCUUGUGUUUUUUGCUCCUACAAAUUUCCUGAAAUGUUGUAAAACCAUGUGUGUUACAAGCGUAUAGAUUGCUUAUGGCGCUUCAAUAUUAUUUGGCAAGUGUGUUAAUAUCAACUAAGCACAAUCUUAGAGUGUACAUUCUGCAAAAAACAUAUUUGAACUUUCUUUCAACUUGUGUAAUUUUUGAAAUGCAUAAACAAUACUUAUUAUUUGAAUGAUUAUCUUAGUGUUUUAGCAGAUUAACAUAAAUUGUAUGGCCUAAAAAAUAAUAAAAAUAUGUGAUUUAAAAA